AAGAAGUAGAUUCGCUGUCUCGCAGACACGAGUAGGACCGAUGACCGUUGAGAUCAAGUAUUAACUAACGAAGGACCUUCGGGCGUCAGCUGAAUCGGGCGUCUACGUUCUGAAUUCGAAUUAUAUGUGUGUAGAUAAACCAUUUGGGUUUGCUUGAGGAUAAAAUGGCAUGUGUGACUUUGAAGCGUCCCUUGGAGUUUGAUCCAAUUCACAGCUCUCCAGGAGGCUCUAGCUGCUCUCCAAGACCGCACAAAAGACGGAGAUGUUUGCCCAUGUGCAUUCCUGCCUCCCAGGUCAACACCGCCACAACCAGCUCAUUCAAUGCCUCGUCUUUUGCCUCUCUGCCUUCUUCAUCCACUGCCGUACCAUCUCCCUUUGCCAAUGCUGCUCCUGCUCUUUUGCAAGGUGAUAUUGCUCAGUAUGUGCGAGAAGAGAUCAGAAGACUGAAGCGCCGGCGUUUGCUUCAGGGUGUUUCGCAACACACCUACAGUUCGCUGGCUAACACAGAUGAGGAGAGCACUAGAGACUCCUCUUCCUCACCGUCAGAUUCUCCUCCCCGAAUUACGUCACCUCCUCUGCCGUGUUCCUCUUCUUCAACUCUCCUUCCUUCAUCUCCCUCAUCCGAGGCUCCUCCAUCUAUCAAAAAUAAACCACUCUUCACAUUCAAACAAGUGGUGCACCUGUGUUCGCAGUUGCUGCGUGAACGCGAGGGCGCCAUAAGAGAAGAAUACGAGAAAGUUUUGUCACAAAGAAAAGCUGAGCAGUACGAUUGUUUUGUGCGCUUCACAGCUGACCAACUACAACCUGCCUUCCCGCAGCAACACCGACCGACUUACUUAUCUUGAAGUGCCUUCAAGUUCGCGCAUGGAGAACAGCGGCUUUUGGGCUCUCAACAGGAGUUUUAGAAGCCUGGAUCGCUUUUAAAGCGAAUUGUAGGCGAUGUAAUUCUGCCUCAGGAUCGUGAAAGAGAAGACUAGUUCGCUUCCUUGCCAUGCCUUGUGUAUCAAGUGAACGAAAAUUUGCUCCAACUAUGCCUUAAUUUGUGUUCAUAAUUAAUUGCUUAAUAUUAAGAUUUUGAUUCUAUUAUGCCUUAUCUCAGUUGUAUAAAAUUGUGUAUACUAAUAUAAAGUAGGUUAGACAUCCCACGGAUCAAGACUUGUGCGUGCGGCAGCUCACAAUACUCGGCCAAUGACCUGCCUAGUUUUUGGGAAGAUCUUCACUUCUUUUGAUGAGUUGUUAUUCAAAUUUUCGUCUAUGAACGUUGUAUGAAUAUGUAGCUAUUAACUCACCUUUGUUCUUUUCCUGUAACUUGAUCUUUUUUUAUUUAUUGAUGUACGGGUUUAUGUACGGAAGACUCGUUCUUUUGAACGUAUUAUGGUUCCAGCUAUCAAGUGAAAUUUGGAGGCGACGAAUACUUGGGCGUAUAUAUAGAACAAUAUUUUGGCCACUUGUUGACCUUAAUUGCAAAUAUAAAAUUCUAAGUCCCCAUGAAUUGCCGGUACAAAACUGCAAUUUGAACACAGAUGCAUGGAGCUUUGCGGGAGACCUAAAUUUGAGACGCGUGCUGUAGAUUCAUUUCAUUUUACUGCUGUCAAUUAUGUGCUUUCAACUAGAGAAAAGUGUAUUCAUUCAUUUUGGAAUAAGCAGAAGCAAGUAAAGAAUUGAGUAUUUUAAGCUGCGAGAGAAAAUCUUUGAAAAAAAUGCCGAUCAAAGUUUUACAAUUAAAUCCCCAUAACCUGGUGGAAUUGCAUGGCUUAAUCAUUCAUUAUACAUGUUCAGCACAUUAUACUCGCGUGCGAUUAUCUUAGAGGUGAAUUGAGGAUUGAUUUGCCAGGACAUAUUCACUAGAUGAUGUAUCUAAAGGCGUUUUAAAGUUUCUAUUUGUAGGAUAGAAUUGUGGUGACUAGAAUCGUCAUCAGCCAUGGAAACUACGAUUACGUGUCUGAAAAUGAAUGUUACACAUGUUACCAGAAA